CCGGGCGGGGACGCGGAGACACCGGGAGGGAGCGUGCGGUGACAUCCGUGAGUGUGUGUGCGCGGUGACACCGGGAGGGAGCGUGCGGUGACAUCCGUGAGUGUGUGUGCGCGGUGACACCGGGAGGGAGCGUGCGGUGACAUCCGUGAGUGUGUGUGCGCGGUGACACCGGGAGGGAGCGUGCGGUGACAUCCGUGAGUGUGUGUGCGCGGUGACACCGGGAGGGAGCGUGCGGUGACAUCCGUGAGUGUGUGUGCGCGGUGACACCGGGAGGGAGCGUGCGGUGACAUCCGUGAGUGUGUGUGCGCGGUGACACCGGGAGGGAGCGUGCGGUGACAUCCGCUCUGUGCAGCCCCCGCCGCAGCGAUGGAGCCCCGCUGCCCUGCCCGGCUGCAGCUGUGCCCUGCCUGGCUGCAGCUGUGCCCGCGGCCGUGCCUGCUGCUGCUGCAGGCUCUGUGCUCGGGCCCCGCCGGGGCCGUGGCUGCACUGCGGGUGCUGCAGCGGCGCCAGCCCCACCAGGGCCCGGGCCAGGCGUUCCCCUGGCAGGCUCUCACUGCAGCCCUGUGCGCCCAGGAGCCCUCGCUGGAGGGGCCCGAGGACAGCCUGGUUGUCAAGCCACGGCUACUGCUGCUGCCUGUUUUGUGCCAGAGAAACUUCUUCUCCCUGCUCCUCGUGGUGCAGGAGGCAGUGCCAGGGGACUGCCUUCACCAGCUGCUCCAGGCCUUGGAGCAGCAUUCCCAUGUGGAUCCCUGGGUGCAGACACUGGGGCAUCUGCUGCAGCAGGGACUGAGGGCAGAGGAGGGCUCCCCACUUCCCUCUGUCCUGAAUUCCACAUGCCAGCAGCAGCUUAGGGGCCUGUGCCAGAAAAUUGCCCAGAAGAACCCAGAGGGGCAAAGAAAAUUGAACUGGUGCUUCAGCAAGCAGCCUGGUGGCCCUGACUCUGUGCCUCAAGGUGGGAAGCGUAAGAAAGUGCUGGAGGAGAGCCUGGAGUUGGACAGUGAGGGAGAGGGGAAGAGGUUGCUGCUGGAGGAGGUGGCAUCUGAGCUCCUGGGCCCCCAGGAAUGUGGAGAUGUGGCAGGGGUGGAAGAGGAGGUGCCUAAGGAGCCUUCAGGGCACACAUCUACUCAGAGCACAGACAAGGCUGCUGCAGACAGCUCCCAGCAGGAUGCAGCUGGGGAACUCAGGAGGAUUUCCCAGACAGAGCUGGCAGCAGAGGUGCAGUCCUUUGUCCAGAUGCACGGACAGGGGCUGAAAAUGCUGCUGCUGCAGGAGUCCAGUCACUCCGAGCUGCACACCCCACCCGAGCUGAGCAUCCUGAACAGCUGCUCCCCCAGUCAGCUCGAGGGGCUGUGCUCCUUCCUCCAGCUCUCCACGUGCCCAGAGCCCUUCCUGCUGCGUUUCUGCAGCUGGCUGCUGGCCCUGAGCCCUGACCUCAGCUACACCACUGCAGCUGUCCUGGCAGAGCAGCUCUUCCUCAGGCGGGUCCUGUCCCUCACCCAGCCGCCUUCCCGACACCUCAUGGCUGCCCUCACUUCCUUCUGCUCCAAGUAUUCCCAUCCCUUCUGCUGUGUGCUGGUGGCUGCAGUGCUGCAGGAGCCAGGGGAAGGGGCUGAGCAGACCAAGCUGAUGUGCGAGCUCGUGGAGGAGUGCCUGGAGCCACACUCUGUGCAGCUGCUGCUAAGCCAAGUCCUGGAGGUGCCUUUGUCAGAGAAAAUGCUGCCAGUGCUGCAGGCUGUGCUGGGGCGGCAGGAGGUGCUGCCCCCUGAGCUCCUGGAUCUCCUGGUGCUGACUCUGUGCCAGCAGGCUCCAGCCUUCACCACGUCCCUGAGCUUUGCCAAGCUGGUGACAGCCGUGCUCACAGUGUGUCAGAGCCAGGUCAGCCCAGCUCAGAGGAGCAGUCUGGCUGCUGUCCUGGAUUGGAGCAGCGCAGCUCUGAAGAAAUCGCUGCAGGCUGUGCUGGAGGGGACCAGGUGACCAGCAGAAGGAGUGGUGAGGUGACAGCUUCCUUGUGUGGAGGACACUCAUUGCACAGCAGCAGCCACAGCCACCCCUCCCUGGGUUCUGUUCCCACAGAGUGCCCAGGGUGUCCUGGCAGCACCUGGUGUGAGGGGGCUCUUGCUGGGCAGUGCCACCCCAGCCCCCCACACUCCCUGGGGCUCAGAGGGGUCUUGGUUGAAUAAUUAAUGUGUUUCCAGGUGUUUCUGUAUCUGGCAGGGCUGUGGGGGCCAGGCAGGACUCAACCCAUGGAGGACUUCCAGGUCCUGAGUUCUUACUGCCCAAAACACAUCACUGAAUCAGGACAGACAUUGAUUUGAGGCUGCAUGAAGUUGAUCAUUCUGGACUUAGUUCACUAUCUUGAUUUUUACCUCAGCUCAUUCCAAGGUACAUCUGCAUUCCUCCCCAACAGCCAAGCUGGUUUUGGAGUGGUGCAGGCUGGGCUGCUGCUUUAUGUAUCUGAUCUUCUGGGAUUUACAGAUCUCUGGUGCAGGAGAGAGUGAUUUAGCUGAAUUCCAGCUGAAUUUAGCUGGAAAAUGUGAGUGUUGUGCUUUAAAUCCACCUUUCUUUCCUGUUUGCCUGGCCUGUGAGGGGGCCUGCUGUGUGUGACACAUUUCUGGUGAUGGUGACACUACUCAUUGCCCUAUUAGAAAGUGCUUGUGUGGCAUGCUCUAAAUUCUAUCCUGUAUUCUUGAAAGCACCCACUGGAAACCUCAUCUAGGCACCUCCUGGCUGAGAACUGAUAAGAAAAGUUUGGGAGAGUGAAGACUCAGGCAGGUAGAGCUAGGGUUUCAAUGGAAGUUUUCAAGCAUUGCAUACUUGAGGAGCUAUUUAAAAAUUCAUAAACAUCUACAAAGGGAGAAGGAGAAUUACAACAUUCAGGUGUGACGUGUGACUGCUCCAGGUUUGCUCAGUAAUGUUUAGAUUCCAGCCAGAGGAAGGAAACUCUGAAGCAUCAGGUGACAUUAGCUCUUAAGGCUGAGAGCAGAGAUUUCUUUAUAUAAGAAUCUCCUGAGCUAUUUUAGGUGACAGUGGUAUGAUGAGGCUUCAAAGUCCCGCAUUAGCUGGGGGAUAGAAACCUCCAGGGAGCCAGAUUGUUGAUGUGUUUGCAUUCCAGUGAGUUAGUGGCUGAGUAUAGUGAAGCUAUUGUAGGGCUGCCCAAAAUACGACAUAAAUAGAAAUUGUGCCAUGAUCAUCAAGGUCUAAGCCUGCUCUUCUGGCUUUAUUAGGUAGCAGGCUCUGAUCUUUGCAGUUUCCCUGCAGAGAGCUUCUACCAAGUGACCUUGGUGUCAUUGUCCCCAGUGCUCUGUCUGGCUGUGGUCACAUGGAGAUGGCCACUGGCUUGUGGCAAGAGCCUUCUUAGCCCUGGUUUUGCUCUUGGCUGGAGCUUAUUGUGUGCUGUGGGUUCCUCUGAGGUGUUCAUGCAGAUAACAAUCAUGUAAGGAGAACUGGGAGCAAACCCUGGGGACACUGCACAUGCUUGUUUAUAUGGAGGCUGGCAGCACCUGCACAGAAAACUUUACUUUUGACUCCUCUUAACCUUUUCAAGAACUUUAAAAUCCAUCCUGAACAGCACAGAGAGGUGCAUGCAGCAUAAAGCAUCAGUCAGGUUUCAGCAGAACCUUGGCCAAGGGUGGUGGGAGUGCCAGGACUGACUCUGUCCUUGUCCUGCUUUAAGGGUGGUGGUGGUGAAGGGAAUGGUCUGAGACUGUGUCUGAGACCUCUCCUAGGCUGGAGGUAGAAGCCAGCAUGUGAUUUUCAGCCAGUUUAUAUUUGGCAGUGGUUCCUUACCUGCUUCCUCUUCUGUUUGUUGAGUUUUACUUCAUGUUACAGAGGGAAUUCCCUUUUUGGCCUAGUAGUUCUUGGGGUUUUUUUGAAAGAGAUUCAUUAUAUGCAAUUGCAUGGGUUGUCCACUCUGCUGCUUCCACACCCUUCACAGGGAUUUUGGAACCAGUUUCAUUCCUCCCCUCUUCAAGUGCCUUUGUGGGGCUGUGGUCAGGGAGCAGAGAAUUUCUUUGGGGUGAGCAGAGGUGUGGGGUCUGUGGAUUUUAAACUCCAGACAUCAGAGCCAUGUAGGAGCCUUGGGCCAUGCAGCACCUUGUUGGAAAAGGCUGAAACUCAGUGGCUUUCCUGAAAAUGGCCUGUGUCCAUCCCCAAAGGGGGUGCCCCUCUCCAAACAGGACCUCCAGCUGGUUGCUGUGUCUGCUCUUGCAGCAGUGCCAGGGCUCACCCCACUUCUCCUUGGGGGUGACUCUGUCCAGUGACAGCCUGCUAAUCUCAUGUGUAAUUCCCAAUAUGCUGAUGCAGUUCUGCCUGGAAACCUGGGGGCUGUGGCACCCAAAUGUGAGGCUCAGCAGUAUUUAUUUUUUUCACUCAGGAUUUAAAACUGAAUAAAAAGA